AUGUCGCGCUGAGUGGCUUCUCAGGCUCAGGCCCCGAAAAGCUCAGGAAUCGGCCCCAGGUGUCCGUAGCGAAUGCCCGGCCGGGUACCAUUUCCAUAUUAGCAAAUCCCAAGCGGCGGUGCGAUCGGCAGCUUCUCAGUGCUCCGCUGGCCAGGCCUAACGAGUCGAACGCGGAACUAGAGAGCAGGCUAGGCCCGUGCGGGGCUGUUGCUCAGCAGGCCGGGCCUGGCUUUGGGCCCCGGGCCUCCCAGCCGGGGACUUUGCGCCUGCGCCCGUCCGGCUGCUGCCGGCUCUCCCGGUGCGGCCGCGGUCCCAGCAGCAGCGUGCCGCCUGGGUGGCUGGGCGGUCCAUGGGCAGCAGCGAGGGCCACGAUGACAGAUUACGGCGAGGAGCAGCGCAAUGAGCUGGAGGCUCUAGAGUCCAUCUACCCCGACUCCUUCACAGUACAGCUGUGCUGUGAGGAUGUUAAGGGGAUGAGUGAAGAGGGGUUUGAGAGUGUCAUUAACUGGAAAGAGGUUGCUGAGCUGCUGCCAACCUUGACAGGGGCCAGUGCUUCCCAGGGCUGGAGUGAGGCACAGGCUUUUCUCAGGGGCUCAGCAGCAAUCCCAGGUGUAUUAUCAGAAAAUCCACCCAGUUUCACCAUUACUGUGACAUCUGAGGCUGGAGAAAAUGAUGAAACUGUCCAGACUACCCUCAAGUUUACAUACAGUGAAAAAUACCCAGAUGAAGCCCCUCUUUAUGAAAUAUUCUCCCAGGAAAAUCUAGAAGAUAGUGAUGUCUCAGACAUUUUAAAACUAUUAGCAUUACAGGCAGAAGAAAACCUUGGUAUGGUGAUGAUCUUUACUUUAGUGACUGCUGUACAAGAAAAAUUAAAUGAAAUAGUAGAUCAAAUAAAAACUAGAAGAGAAGAAGAAAAGAAACAAAAAGAAAAAGAGGCAGAGGAAGCUGAAAAGCAAUUAUUUCAUGGCACUCCUGUUACAAUUGAGAAUUUCUUAAGCUGGAAGGCCAAGUUUGAUGCAGAACUCUUGGAAAUUAAAAAGAAACGAAUGAAAGAAGAAGAACAAGCAGGAAAAAAUAAAUUAAGUGGGAAACAGCUCUUUGAGACAGAUCAUAAUCUUGACACAUCUGAUAUCCAGUUUCUGGAAGAUGCUGGAAACAAUGUGGAGGUAGAUGAAUCUCUGUUCCAAGAAAUGGAUGACUUGGAGCUAGAGGAUGAUGAGGAUGAUCCAGACUAUAAUCCUGCUGACCCAGAAAGUGAUUUGACUGACUAAUGGACUGUCCCCAGCUGCAGAGAGGUGUGACUGCCACAGCAUCUGUGGCUGUGCUGAGGUGUUGAUUUUUCUUUCUUUUUUUCUAAGAAAAAAUAAUUUUCAGGAGAAUAUUCUUCUGAUAGCUUUCAUCAUUGAACUUAAUAAACUGACCUUAAAGUUUCAAAUA